AUGUCGGAAACUUGGGAGAACUACCCGCUGGCGCGAGACUCGACCGCAGUCACGACCUGUCCAGUACAGCUAACGAACAACUUCUUCCACUACCAGAUCCUCUAUAUCGCCUACAGCGCCAUCGUCAUCGAUGGCUCCAUCAACGGCGCAACCGGGAAACACCCUUCACUCAACGUCACUACCGAUCAGGCGGUACGGUCCCUCCGCGCCUGGUACCUGUGUAUGGUACUCUAUCCGUGGAUCACCUUCAUCAUUCGCGCAUCCCUCUGCGUCCUCCUCCUCCGACUCAACUCCAAGCGUAGCUACAUGUGGAUCAUCUGGAUCAACGCCGGCAUAUCCGCCGCCAUCUCCAUCGCCUUCUUCUUUGUCCUCGUUUUCCAGUGCAGCCCGCCCCAGUAUUUCUGGACUCAGCUCUACGGCGAACCGGGUUACUGCCACAAUAAGCUCAUCGUCACCUAUGGCACGACCGUGUACAGUAUAAUAUCAGCCCUUUGCGAUUGGUGCUUGGGCUUGCUUCCCAUCGCCAUCUUGUGGAGUGUCCAGAUCAACCUGCGCACAAAGGUUGCCAUUGCUGGCUUGCUGAGUCUUGGCAUGGUCGCUGGUGUUGUGCUCAUCGUUCGCACAACGUACAUCACCCGCCUUCAGCCUGGGCGACUUUUCCUCUAUGAAUCAAUUGACGUUGCCAUCUGGUCCGUCAUGGAACCCGCCCUUGGCAUAAUCGCCGCCUGCGUGGCUACCUUCCGCCCCCUGCUCAAGAGCUGGGGUUUUGGCUGGGGCUCCAAGCGCCGCGGUCACUCAACACACUACCAACUGCCCGAGCAGCGACGUGACGGCCUCACCCCGGCCACCAGCCCACGCGAGCGCAACGUCUUCUCCCACACUUUCGAGGACCUUAGCGAUAAGAGCGACGGCGACUGCGGCUCCGAGCAGGAACUCGCCAUCCGUAAAACCGUGCAGAUCCAGGUCACUACGGGACCGGAACCGGUGGCGCUGAGCCCUAUAAGAAGAGAUUUCGGAGCGUACUCGCCGGGUUUGCCCGGCAGGGCAAUCUCUUGCGAUGAGUCGUACUUUAUUGACUCUUCGGGAGGAAGUCUGGUUACUUGA